GUAAGAUGCUCUGCGGGGCGCCCUGAGCUGGGGGCGCUUGAAGCAUCUUAGGGGACUGGGGCAAACGGGACAGAUUUCACCAUGCAUCAGUCCCUGACUCAGCAACGAUCCAGCGACAUGUCCCUGCCUGAUUCCAUGGGAGCCUUCAACCGGAGGAAACGAAACUCCAUCUAUGUCACUGUGACUUUGCUUAUUGUAUCGGUAUUAAUUCUCACAGUGGGCUUGGCUGCAACCACUAGGACCCAGAAUGUAACUGUUGGAGGCUAUUAUCCAGGAGUUAUUCUUGGCUUUGGGUCAUUCCUUGGAAUCAUCGGUUCAAACCUUGUGGAAAACAAGCGGCAGAUGCUGGUAGCUUCUAUCGUGUUUAUCAGCUUUGGUGUGAUUGCAGCUUUUUGUUGCGCCAUAGUUGAUGGAGUCUUUGCUGCCAGACACAUUGAUCUGAAACCUCUGUAUGCUAACCGGUGCCACUAUGUCCCCAAGACAUCCCAGAGAGAAGCUGAGGAGGUGAAUUGCCCUCAUCUCAGCCGUGGAUUCUGCACACCUCGCAUCCGGGGUAAUACUUGCUUCUGCUGUGACCUCUACAACUGUGGAAACAGGGUGGAGAUCACCGGUGGGUACUAUGAAUACAUUGAUGUCAGCAGCUGCCAGGAUAUUAUCCACCUCUACCAUCUGCUCUGGUCUGCCACCAUCCUCAACAUUGUCGGCCUGUUCCUGGGUAUCAUCACUGCAGCUGUUCUGGGAGGCUUUAAGGAUAUGAACCCCACUCUCCCAGCACUGAACUGUUCUGUUGAAAAUACACAUCCGACAGUUUCUUACUAUGCUCGUCCCCAAGUGGCAUCAUACAAUACCUACUACCAUAGCCCUCCCCAUCUGCCACCUUAUUCUGCAUAUGACUUUCAGCAUUCCAGUGUCUUUCCAUCCUCCCCUCCCUCUGGACUCUCUGAUGAACCCCAGUCUGCUUCACCCUCUCCCAGCUACAUGUGGUCCUCAAGUGCACCACCUCGUUACUCUCCACCCUACUAUCCACCUUUUGAGAAGCCACCACCAUACAGUCCCUAAAGGGGAAUGCUUGCUGGCUAUUGAGAUUAUUGUGGCUUUUGUAUUUCUGCUUUAGUGGAAAUGUGUAGGGCACAAAAUUUAAAGUGUGACUCAUGCAUAAAGUUUUUUAACAAUGGCCUGCCAAGCUAGGGAAAGAUAGGGAUGAAGUUUACUUGUGGUUCAGUGAAAAGCAUGGGUGGCUAGGCUGAACCCAACAUUUCCAAGGACAGUUUGUAGCAAGUCUGGGGAGAUGGCCCAAUAAGAACAUUGCAUGAUUGGACUUGCAUUGCAGUGUGCCCCAUGUCUGUUUUCAGCAGAAGCGCAGCUGUCAUCUGCUUCACUUUUGGCAAAGGAAUAUUGUCCUAAGGCCCUUGGCAGAUUGCUACCUGAGCACCUUGGUUGAAGGACCUGGUUGAGAGGCCCUAUCUUUCCCUACACUGCCGCCAGUCUUUAAGGAAGAAAAAAAUACAUGCAGUGGAUUGGGCUACACAGUAGUUCAAACACAGAGUUCAGGCUAAGAUUUUGUUUGCUUGUGUCUGGAAAAAAGCUGCCCAUAUCUUACUCCUUUCUUCUCUGUAUUAUAAAAAUGGCUGCUGUGAUUAUUCAGCUCAGCUUUUGUUAUUGGUACCUCCUAAUGGGAAAAGUGCAAUAUUCCCUCAUCUUGUGCAGUGGGAAACAGGAUUGUUCUGGAAGCACUGAAAUACAGAGCAACAUGUCAACUGUUUUAAGUAGAUCUCAGUAAUACAUUUGGUAUUUUAGGAGAGUGAUUCUACUACAUGUUGCAGUAUUGCAAAAUACAUUUGCUAAAGGGGAUGUAAAUCUUACAGCUGAAGUUCAGAGUUAAAAAAAGUUCUAGAUUAGGCUGGGUCAUGAUAUGAGUUGUUACUAUUGUGACUAUUUAAUCUUCAAAUAUUGUGCUUCAGCCCCAGCAAACCGCACGUAUCUUGCACCCCCACCCCAAAAAAGUCAUCUGUAUUUUAGUAUCAUUGCUCUUAUUGGUCCUGUUUCUGUUGAGACCAAUCAUGACAGCGUUCAAGAUUAUGAAAGUAUUACAAUGCUGCUUCAAGUCUGCAAAACUUCAAAUGUAGCCAACUUGACAAAUUCUUAAGUGUUACAGUAGAUUUGAAAUCCAUCAGGCACAUUGUGGUAUCUUUGUACAGUUCUUUUAAUUACACAUAGCUUUAACCCAUCAAUCGGAUGAGUUUAAAACACUUUGGCACCCAUGCCUUCAACUCAGAAUGAACCCAUACAUUGGGAUCUUAUGUUAACCCAAGAGUUGAUAAGUUUAAAGGAAGACUGAUAAUCCUACACAUGUAAAAAUACAGGGGCUACAGGAGGGUACCUAAUUAGAAAGUUCUGCAAACACAGAACACAUACUGGAAACAUUUCCAGCCAAUUUCGCUACCUCCCAACUUGAUGGAUUAGAGGUAGCAGACAAAUGCUGGUGCUCCCAUCUACCUUGUAGACACCCGGUCAUCAAAGUCAUCAAGGCACAAGAAGUGCACUCACUGUUCAUAGUAAAGAUGAAAUAUUUUGUUCAAAGCAAAAUAUUUAGUUUAACUUUCAGCAUCAUGAAUGUUGUUUUAGCCAGAUUUCAAAUCUGAAGAACUAUAAUCCUUUUGUGUUAUACAAAAUUACUAUUAUUUUUUACAGUUCUGAGCAUAUUAAAAUUCUAUUGGACUUCCAAAAAGGACUAAUAACCAAUUGACUUACUAUACAAUUAUCAACUUGUAAUACUCACUGAAUUUUUUGCCACUUAUACUUUACCUUUUGCUUUAGUGAACAUGUAUAUUUUUAAAGGCACCAUUACAUGGUAUAUCCUACAUUUAUCACAUUUCUUAAAAGUGUUAAGAUUCUAUGACUCAUUUCUAUGUAUUUUUCUUACUUUACAAAAUAACUUGAAACACUAUAGAUUUUGUAACACUUAAUUUGAGCAGCUUCUUUUUUAUUACAUUGAAUUAUAUAAAGUGCAUGUAACCUUAGAAAAAUCGGUAUUUGCUGCUUUACUUUUUUGCAAAACAUUUGCUGUAAUGAAGGAAUUUCUAUUUCCAAUAUGUAUCUUGACUGCAUUUUGUAAUAUUUACUGCUUCCUUCCUAAUUCUGCUUUAAAGUAUUGAACUGGGCAUGAAACACUAAAAUAUUAACCCAGAACCUGUAUAAACUGGAUGUUGCUUAAAAUCUGUAUCACUGCCAUGUUGGAAACCCAGACUGCUUUUGUGAUGUUUCAAAUUAAUAAAACUAUCCUCUCCUUACCCACUUAGAGGCAUCCUCAUGGUAUCUACACAAUUAUAGCAAACACUCAGAGUAACAGGAGCCAACUCAUCUUUUAUUAUUAUGGUUCAAUAAACAAUGAGGCAUGAUUAACCAGCACAUAAAACCUAGUGGGAAUUUUUGCCACACCACUAUCAGAAAUACAACAUAAGUUUCCUGCUACCAA